AUGGUGCUGUUGAGUGCGUCUGUUUGUGGUCUUAGAAAACUGAUGGCUAAAUGUGAGGAUUAUGUGGGAAGUCAUGGUCUUAACUAUAAUGCAAAGAAAAGUGUAGUGAUGGUUUUUGAGGCCGGAGGUAAAGUGCCAAGUAGUGUACCACCAGUAAUGCUCAAUGGUACAGCACUGCAAAGGGUUUCCCAAUUUAAAUAUCUUGGCCAUAUAUUGACUUCAGACCUCAAAGACGACGCUGAUAUUGAAAGAGAACGGAGGGCGUUGUCAGUAAGAGCGAACAUGCUGGCUCGCAGGUUUGCGCGCUGCUCGGACAGCGUCAAGGGCACGUUGUUCAGAGCAUAUUGUAUGAAUUUCUACACGUGCAACCUGUGGGCCAAGUACACGCAAAAGUCGUACAACGCUAUUCGUGUACAAUAUAACAAUGCUUUCAGGGUGCUGAUGGGGCUGCCCCGAUUGUGUAGCGCAUCAGGGAUGUUCGCGGAGGCACACGUGGACUGUUUUUAUACUACUAUGCGAAAAAGAUGUGGAGCCCUGAUGCGCAGAGUGCGGGACAGUACCAACAGCAUCUUGAAACUAAUCGCGGGCAGGCUGGACUGCACAUAUGUGGGUCACUGCUGCGCUAUUUCUAAUGGAAUGGCGCAGAGGUGA